AACAAACACAUCUUUGUGAUCCCAUACAUAAAAGAUCAAUUAAAUUUGGAGAGCAUUACAACACAUGAACACAAGCCAAAGCCAUACAAACCUCAAAUAUCUCAACAUAAACUCAACAUAUGAAGAAAUUAUAACCACAAGUAUAUUGAAGCCAAGUUGAAGCACACCCAUAACUUUUAGAAAUAAACCAAAUAAUCCCAUCAAAAAAAUCAAAACCAUCCCAUCAUCAAAUGCCACGUGUCAGUCAAUCACUUGGACCUCAAGAUUUCAUUGGAUCAAAUUCAUUACCCUUAACCCAAAAAAAAAAAAAAAUUCCCAUCCAAAAAUUGUUGAUAAUUGUAUACAAAUACAAGUACUCCUACUUCAUUCUUUCUUCCUUAGCUCAUCAUCCAUUCUUCAUCCUUACUUCCAUCCCCAACCAAAAUGGCACUCCUAAAACCCAUUUCCAAGUUCACCCCAAACUUGAACCCAAACCCGAACCCAUUAACCCGACCCACAACCAAAUUCUUUAGAGUUUCAAUGUCAACAACCACUCCUACACCCACAAAACCAUCAUCAAAAAAAGGGAACAAGAAAGAAAUUCAAGAAACCCUUUUAACACCAAGGUUUUACACGACUGAUUUUGAUGAAAUGGAGCAGCUAUUUAAUACAGAGAUUAAUAAGAACCUAAAUGAAGCUGAAUUUGAAGCGUUAUUGCAGGAAUUUAAGACUGAUUAUAAUCAAACUCAUUUUGUGAGAAACAGUGAGUUUAAGGAAGCUGCUGAUAAGAUUGAUGGGCCUUUAAGACAGAUUUUUGUUGAGUUUUUGGAAAGGUCUUGUACUGCUGAGUUUUCUGGGUUUUUGCUUUACAAGGAACUUGGUAGGAGGCUUAAGAAAACAAACCCAGUGGUGGCUGAGAUUUUCUCCCUUAUGUCUAGAGAUGAAGCCAGGCAUGCUGGGUUUUUGAACAAAGGAUUGUCAGAUUUCAAUUUGGCCUUGGACUUGGGUUUCCUGACUAAGGCAAGGAAGUACACAUUCUUCAAGCCAAAGUUUAUCUUUUAUGCGACUUACCUAUCGGAAAAGAUCGGAUACUGGAGGUACAUUACGAUUUACAGGCACCUAAAGGAGAACCCUGAAUACCAGUGCUACCCGAUCUUUAAGUACUUCGAAAACUGGUGUCAAGAUGAGAACAGACAUGGAGAUUUCUUCUCCGCUCUUAUGAAGGCUCAGCCGCAGUUUCUCAAUGACUGGAAGGCCAAACUCUGGUCUCGUUUCUUCUGUCUCUCGGUGUAUGUUACUAUGUACCUCAAUGACUGCCAAAGGACCGCUUUCUAUGAAGGGAUUGGUCUUGACACCAAAGAAUUCGAUAUGCAUGUCAUCAUUGAGACCAACCGCACAACUGCGAGAAUAUUCCCAGCGGUGUUGGAUGUGGAGAACCCGGAAUUCAAGAGGAAGCUUGACCGAAUGGUAGAGAUAAACGAGAAGCUGAUCGCUGUAGGACAGGGCGAUGAUAUUGGUUUCGUAAAGAACUUGAAGAGGAUCCCGUUGGUAGCAGCACUGGUUUCGGAAAUCUUGGCUGCGUAUCUGAUGCCACCUAUUGAAUCAGGCUCAGUCGAUUUAGCAGAAUUCGAGCCACAGCUUGUAUAUUAGAUUUCCCAAUGUAUUCAACCAUAUCAUUCCUUAUAGUAGUUUAUACUUGAGGAUAACUCGCAUUUCGGAGAACCAAGAAGUUGUAACAAUAUGUAAACUUAUGAAUUGCGGAUUUUGACAUCUUGCAUUGUUUAUGAUACAAUGAUACAACCUUGUUUUGCGUA